AUGGCCGGCUGGCCGACAGAAGGGACUGACCCGCUGUACUCAGCACUGCUGCGGCCUUGCCCCGAGUGCUGUGAGCAGCUUUGGGCUCCGCAAGCAGAGAAGGAUCUAAGGAUAUUACUCAAUGCCGGCUCCUGCAGUUGGGUCACAACAACCCCAUGCAGCGCUACAGGCGUGGGGAAGAUUGGCUGGAAGGGGCCACGGAAGGAUGAAGGCUGGGGCUGGCGGGCGAGCAGGCCUGUGAUGCGCCCCGCCGCCUGUGACUGCACAGGGGACGAGUCACAAUGGGGGAUGGUUAUGAGGGUGCCAGCAGGCAGCACUGCCCCAGGACGGCCUGGGCCAGCGGCCAUGGCUGUCACAAACUUCCUCGCGUGUGUUCUGCAGCAUCUCAUCAUGAGCAUGCACGUGUUUGCUGAUAAGCAGGAUGAACCCAUGUAUGACCGCAUGCAGCAGAGUUUGGCACAGAGUGAGUUGGUGUUCCUGCUGCUGGACGACCUCCUCCAUGCUUGCCAAGAGCAAUCGUCAAAGAGUUUCUUCCCGGUGCUGGAACAAGCCAUCGGGGUGGGCAGCGCCUUUGAAUGCUGGAGUCCCCAUGAAGAUGAUGUUGUCUACCACCUGCUUGUGCCUCUGAAGCCCCCCCGUGGGCACACCUUCCACCUGGAGGCAGGCACCGUGGGGCAGAUGCUGGCGGACUCCUGCAUCCGUGUGGAGCAGGUGUGCACGUGUACAACAGAGCAGGUAGCGCAGGACAUGCCCUGCUUCCUCCACCACCCUGAGAAGGCGCUGAGGAAGAAUCAGAAGUCCAGCCUUCUGCACACCCUCUGCACCAGCUCCUGCCUAGAUGUGCAGAAGACUGUGCUGUGGUUCCAGGACCUCGUGAGGUCAGCCUGGGUGUUGGUGCCUCAGUCACGUCGCUACAGUAUGAAGGUGCUGCCUUCCAGCCGCUCCUGUAAAGUGCAGAUGACACACGUCUCUGGGAGAACCCUGCUCAUUGAGAUGAUGUUUGGUGUACAGCUGGGCGACUCGGAUAUCUUUGUGAGCAGCCAGGCUACAGAGGAUUUCUUCACCCCCAGCACAACAUGGUCAUUGAGCUACGCUGUGGCAGAGGCAAAGUUCUUUUGGUUGAUGGCCAGGCAGGUCCCACCUGACAGCUUCCACCUCAACUGCCUGCAAUUCUGCACCCGCAUGCUGGUGGGCACAGGAUUUUCCAGCUAUACCUUGAAGACAGUGGUGAUGCACCUCCUGAGUGCCAUACCCCUGGCAGACUGGCGCAGGAGGGAUUUCCUGCUGCGGCUGGAAGACAUCAUGUGGUACCUGCGUUGCUGCUUGGAAGAUAAAUGCCUCAACCACUUCUUCUUUGAUAAUGAGAUCAUUCCCGAAGAGAUCGUCUUGCCCCCAGCCUUGCAAAGAGCCGAGCCACUCAACCUCUUGCAGAACUUGGCACAGGAUCCGGCUGCCCAUGAGCAGGCAAUGAGUGAGUUCAGGGAGCUGCAGUUUCGGCUUAGAAGACAGCUCUUCGACUGGCACUGAAAGUGGUCUUCAUGCACAAAACUGUGUUUGCAGAGAACACAGCCAAGGACAGAUGACCAUCUCGUACAGGA